AUGCUAACCUCCGGCCUAACCAACGCCCCAAUCACCAAACUCCUCCUCAUCUACACCAUCGCCUCCUCCAUCGCCCUCUCCAUCCUCGACAUCAAACACCUCGCCAGCAUCCGCGUCUCCCCACACCUAUGGCCCUACGGCCAACUCUGGCGUCUCGUUACAUGGCAACUCGCCGGCUUCGCCAAUUCAACGGAGGCGCUCUUCGCCGCUAUGCUCGCCUACCACCUGCGCGUUGUCGAGCGCGCAUGGGGGAAGCGGAAGUUCGCC